AUGGAAGCUAAUGAAAAUCGACAAAUUACAGGAAUAAUUGUUGGUUGUGGUAAUCGUGGACAAAAUUAUGCUGAAUACGCUCGUUAUUUGCCAAAAAGUUUUCGUUUAAUUGCCAUAGCUGAUCCACGAUCGGUUGUGCGUAAGAAAUUACAAAAAAUUUAUUCAUUAGAAGAUAAAUAUGUAUAUGAUGAUUGGCGUCAAUUAGCUGAUUCAAAUGUUGAACGUCUUGCUGAUUGUGCUCUUAUAACACUACCAGAUCGAGAACAUCAUGAAGCAGCAGUACAAUUAGCUAAGAGAGGCUAUCAUAUCUUAUUAGAAAAGCCCAUGGCUACAAAAAUUGAACAUUGUAAAGAAAUCGUUCAAGUUUGCCGAGAUAAUAAUGUUCUACUAACUGUUUGUCAUGUUUUACGAUAUUUGCCUGUUGUCAAAAAAAUUAAAGAGCUACUAGAUAAAAAUGUCAUUGGUAAACUUAUUUCAAUUCAACAUAUUGAACCAGUCGGUUUUUGGCAUUUUGCUCAUUCAUUUGUACGUGGCAAUUGGCAUAAUGAAAAUGAUAGUUGUUUUUCAUUAUUAGCUAAAUGUUGUCAUGAUCUUGAUUUAAUUCAAUAUUGGAUGCAACCGCGUCGUUGUACACAUAUUUCAAGUUUUGGUAAACUAAUGCAUUUUAAUAGUGAAAAUAAACCAAAGGGUGCUAGCGAUCGAUGCUUAACUUGUCCGGUUGAAUCAACAUGUCCUUAUUCAGCGAAAAAAAUCUAUAUGGAAAAUCCGAACAUGGGCUGGCCAGUUUCAGUUGUUGUACCAGAUAUUGAAGAGAGUGAAAAUUGGAGUCAAGUCAAAGUGAAAGUGAAAAAUGCUUUGGAAACUGGACCCUAUGGAAAAUGUGUUUAUGGAGAUUGCAAUAAUGAUGUUGUAGAUCAACAAGUGGUUAUAUUGAAUUUCGACGAUGGAGCAACAGCAACUAUGCAAAUGGUUGCAUUCACUGAACAAGUAUGCCAACGGACAUCACGUAUAUUUGGUACUCAUGGUGAAUUGACAUGGACAGGCAAAGAUACUUUAAUUCAUUAUGAUUUUCUUACACAAAAACGUACAGUUUACGAUGAAACUGAUUGUUCUGGCGCUGGUAUCAUGAGUGGCCAUGGUGGUGCUGAUUUUUUUGCUAUGGAUUCAUUUAUACGUGCACUGUCAUCAAAUAAGCCUGAAUUAAUUGGUACAGGACCUGAAGAUUCGUUAACAAGUCAUAUUAUAGCAUUUGCUGCUGAAAUAGCUCGAAAAGAAAAUCGUGUUUGUAGACUCGAUGAAUUUUUAUGA